ACUGUCAUUAAUGCCAAAUAUCAAAUUUGUCGUACAAUUAUCGUCCUUCAGAAAAUCAGAAGAAACGAGAAGCUAUUAAAACUUACCGUUAUCCUUAUUAAACUCUAAUAUAAGGUUGCUUCUUGCUAGAAUUUUUUUAUGCUGAAUCAAAAAACCCUAUAAGGCAAUGGCUAGGAAACAUGUCAAGGAAAUCAUUGAAAAUCAUCCAAAAGUGUAUUUUUUUAUGUUUUUCAAUACUAUUCCUAUCUUAGAUUGCUAGUGCUAUUUUUAAUCGAGUUUGUGAAGAAGUUACAAUGAGAUUUUUUGUGGACUUAAGGUGAACAUAACCAUUAAAAUAAGAUAUACAAACCCCCUUUUGGCAUAAUGGCUUCUAUAAAAAGAUCCUGGAAAUUUCAAGAUUUUAUGGCACACAAUGCAAACGUCAACUGUUUGGCAUUGGGACAUAAAUCCGGUAGAGUAUUGGUUACUGGAGGUGAUGAUAAGAAAGUGAAUUUAUGGGCAGUAGGAAAACAAAGUUGUUUUAUGAGUCUGAGCGGUCAUACCACUGCAGUCGAUUGUGUACAAUUCAAUCAAUUAGAAGAACUAGUCUGUGCAGGAUCAAGAGCGGGGGCUCUUAAAGUUUGGGAUUUGGAGGCUGCCAAACUUGUAAGGACAUUAAAUGGUCACAAAUAUGCAAUAAAAUGUAUAGAUUUUCAUCCUUAUGGAGACUUUUUGGUCUCUGGAAGUGCCGAUAGCAGUAUUAAAAUGUGGGAUACCCGAAAAAAAGGGGUACUUUUUACUUACAACGGACAUAAGGGUACGGUGAACAGCGUCAAAUUCAGUCCCGACGGACAAUGGAUAGCGACGGGCGGUGAAGAUUCCACGCUAAAAAUUUGGGAUCUACGAGUCAGUCGAGUUCUUAAAGAAUUCAAAGAUCACAUGAAUCCGUUAACGUGCGUGGAAUUCCACCCCCACGAAUUCCUUUUGGCCAGCGGAAGCAUCGACAGAUCCGUAAAUUUCUUCGAUUUGGAAAACUUCAAUUUGGUAUCGACGGAAAGUGACGUAGGAGCUGUAAGAUGUUUGACCUUUAAUCCCGAUGGCGAAUGUCUUUUUGCUGGUACGAGGGAUUAUUUGAAAGUGGUUGGUUGGGAGCCAAACCGUUUGUAUGAUUCGGUGCCCGUUUAUUGGGGAAGAGUUACGGAUAUUUCUGUUGCUUCUAAUCAGUUGAUUGGCGCUUCUUUUCAUUUAACCAACGUUCAAGUAUAUGUAGUAGAUUUAAAAAAAUGCAAGCCUUUCAGCAUAUCAUCAGUUCUCGAUACGCAGACGGGUCCGUUUAUGCCUAAUCAAAGCAUAAGAAAAAGUUUUUCCAAAGCUGAACGACCGCCUAGUUUGAAAAGUAGAAUAUUAGAUGUAAAAACAAUUGAAGAAAGCACAUCUGGAACCGAUCCCGAAGAAGAAUCUACGGCAGAUAUUACGAACGUAAAGGAUUACAACGAAAUUUUCAGAGGCAGAGGAUUACAAAGGACACCGCCUCCCGAACCAGAACCCUUCCAGGAACCGGAAAAAGACGAAACUCUGGAACCACAAAUUUUGGGAAACAUUAUAACAGAAAGUUUAGAAGCUCUCUCAUUAGAUAAUGAUAUCAACAAUUAUAAAAAUUCUAACAUGCAACUAACUGUCAAUCAUUACUCUAGAUCCAAGUCAAAUUUAGAUCAGGUUUAUGAAAAUAGGAAGCAGAAAGAUAAUAGAGAAAACAUAUUGCCAAAUAUCAACAAAACGAAGCAAGCAGCUAAAUUCGUCUUACAAAGGCAAAGUAGCUGUAAAGAUGUACCAGAAAAACCACCCAAGACAAGCACUAAUAUAAAACAUAGUGUAUCAGAUGCAAAUAUAAAUAAGGGUUCACAAUCAUCGAGAACGUCGUUUCGGAAGAACUCCUUCUCAAAACCUAGUCGUAAUUCAACCAGUGUUCCUAAUGUUUCAAAAAUACCUAAUGUCAAUAGUGCCAGGAGUGCGGUCGUAAAAUCCACGACUUUACCUCAAGUUGACAUAUACGUCAGUUCAGUAAGUGCAAAUUAUGAAGAGCGUGUCGUUGAGGAUCGAGACAUGUUUAUACCCGUGUCGCUAGAUAGACCGGUCGGAUUGGAUUUAGACGAAUUCUUACCGAAAAACUACAAUGCAUUAGGUUUCCAACAACAAAUGCCAGAUAUGUCGGAAGCUGAAGUUUUAGGCGUGAUUAUGCGUAGCCAUGAGCCCGUAAUGGAUAUUAUAAAUACAAGGCUGAGAAGUUUGAAAUUGGUCUUAAAUCAAUAUAGGAGUAGAGAUAUGAAGACAGCUGUAGAAUCGGCAUUAGCGAUGGGCGAUAUAGCAGUUUUGGUAGACGUUUUAGGUGUUAUUAAUACUAAAUACUCGUUAUGGAACUUGGAUCUCUGUGUUUUGGUAUUACCGAAAAUUUUGGAUUUGCUACAGAGGAAAUACGAAACGUACUUGACGGUUGGGUGCAACACGCUCAAAUUCAUCCUUCGACAUUUUGGAGAUACAAUUCGAAACAACAUCAGCGCGCCCGUUGGAAGUUUCGGCGUCGAUAUAACGCGAGAGGAAAGGUACGAAAAAUCUCAAAAGUGUCACGAAUUUUUGUUACAGAUCCGCGAAUUCGUUGUAAAAAAACAAACAUUACCCGUUAUAGGAACUUAUUUUAAAGAAAUAAAUACGAUGAUGCAAAAUUGUCUGGACUGACACAAGCAUCCGUUAAAAAACGUGUUCUCAAAGUUCAAAAAUUCGAGUUUGUGAGAGUGUGUGACAUAAUUUCAUAUGACAGAUGAUAUUUAUUUACAAAUCCAAGAAGAAUUGCGAACGUCGUAAUUGUAAAUAUUCGUGACUCGAUUGUCGUCACGUUUGUAGAAACUUUGUUCGUUUGUUAAUAACGUGCGACGUAGGCACUCCGUUGUCUCAGUAGAAGUAUUCGCGCAGAGAUAGACGAUAGACCUCCUCAUUAUUUCCAAUUGGACCUUGGCGGUUCUUUUUGCUGACUUAAUUGAUUCUUUUACAAUUCUUUGAAGUAUAACCAGUGUGUCCUAAAUAUACAACAAUCAGUCUAAAGGAAGUUAAUGAAGAUCUAUAGCAAAUAAACAAGGAUUUGUUAAAAUAGUGUAGUAAUUCUGUCUUAGCCUACUUAUUAGCUUCCACAUGGUUUUGACCGUAGUUUCUUCAAACUCUGUACCAUCUUUUCUUCUCAUGUUCACGGCCCAAUCUUCUCAUGUUCACGGCCCAAUCCUUUAAAAUCAAUUCCUAUCAUUGCAAAAUGUUUUCCAUACAAAUUUCUUACUGUAAACAUUUUUUAAUAUGUUUUAUUGUAUAAUUUAAAAACUUAACAAAAUUUUGAUAUAGCAUAAUCAUCCACCAUAUCGUGCUUUGUGGAGAUAAGUUAUGAUAUACUUAAAAAUGAUGAGGACCCUAUUAAUGCAAGAUGAUAUUUUUUAUACAAAUUGAAUAAAUGAAAAUAAUGACAAGGAGAACAAUAUGCGGAACUAGUCUUUUCUACGAAACAAACAAAUGUGUAUUUCCUCCAGAUUUUCAUCGUCCAUGCCAGCACAAACGUUGUGGCCCAACGCUUACAGAGCUGGCAGCCUACUCAAUGUUCUGACGAUUACAAAAAAUUGUUGUUUUCCCCGGCAUUUUUAAAAUUUGCAUCUCGUUUUUAUAAGGAGUUGAGUUUAUUAUGGCUGUUAUUCCUCGACGGUAUCGUUUCCUUUUUUGAGUUCGUUGAAUAGAGGGAAUGCACAAAAUAUAACUUGUGACCCAACGCCCACAGAGCUGGCAGCCUACUCAAGGUUCUGACGAUGACAAAAAAUUGUUGUUUACAUAAUUACAAUAUAAUCAAAUCACAUCUUCAUCAUUGUUCUUUUGUUUUUUUGGCUGAGUGCUUGUUGGCCUUUUGUUUUUUUUAGCAUUCUUUUUGAGGCGAAGAUCAUUAGGAUUGGAUGUUUUCCACGGCAUUUUCAAAAUUUCCAAUUCAUUUUUAUAAGGAGUUGAGUUUAUUAUGGCUGUUAUCCCUCGGCGGAUUCGUUUCCUUUUUUAAGUUCGUUGAACAGAAGGAAUGGAAAAAAUGUGACUUGCGACCCAACGCCCACAGAGCUGGCAGCCUACCCAAGAUUCUGACAAUGACAAAAAUUGGUUGUUUACAUCAUUAAUAUUGGGAAUGAUAGACGACGGAGGGUUUCAUUCACAUCAUACUCCAUACACCUGUUUAGAAUAGGUAUUGAAAGUUUAACAUUUACAAGGUUUCGAACCUAGGAACAAUUGUUUGAAUAUUCAAUUUUCCUAUAUUGUUAUUUGUACUAUUUUUCAUCUAGAAAAAUAUUAAAUAGAAAUUUCUAUUUAUUCCUUUUACGUAUACAUCAUCCAUCAAGACAUAUCAAUUAAAUUGCUUGUUUAGUUUGGAUCUAAAGUCACAACUUACUAUUAAAUUACUUAUUAAAUUUUUUUUAACUAAUAUAAAUAAGUUGUUCGUAUUACUCUUGUUUAGGACAUGCUGUGUAUACAAAUACGAUCAAUGAUUGUAAAUGGAUCAGCUUCGUACUUAAUUAUUUUUUACUGAUGGGAUACAUUUAUGUGACUUGAAUGAAGUCUAUUAACAAGAAAAUUUGAUUUGAUAUUGUAUUACUCAACAUUUGAACUACAGGGUUGUCUAUAAAUAUAUUUAUUACAUAUUAGUUUCAAUGCAGAAUUUUAUUGUAUUUUGAUACUGUAUCCAAAUAUAUUUCUUGGUAAACAAAUCUAUUGUAAUAAUAUUUUUUUAUUAUAAGGUGUAGAAACAUUUUGGAAUAAUAUGAAAAUACUUUUUAUCAGUUUUUAAAAAAGUUAUUGCGCGAUAAGCUUUUUACUAAUGAUAGAAUAUAAAUUGACAAAUCGUCAAUAGUAAUUUUGACAGUAAGCAGGAGAGCAGAGACAUAUAAUCCAUAAUUAAAAUUAUAAAAUAAUAUAGUUUCCAUUUACCUUAUGAAUAUUUGAUAACAUCAUUGUGGGUGAAAAAUAUUUUUUUUAUUAUACUGAAACUGCAAACAUACUCUCUGGCAGGAAUAUUUCGGAGAAAUUGGGUACAUACUUCCGACAGUUUCGGCCAAUAGAAAUGCAUUUAUGUUUACGAUUCGAUGUUUUCAUUGGUAAACAGUGAAGAUGAUGAGUCCACGUGGACUGACGGUUUGUUAGAUGUACCGAAUUUUAUACGGGGAGUAACAUUAUUUUUCAUUUCUUAAUUUGGUAUGAGUGCCGUGCGUAUUUAUGAAAUAUUGAUUGUUCCUCGCAAUUGAUAAUGGAACAACUUUACCACCGAAAAAGCGAUGCGCUUAAACCACGUCCCCAAGGGUAUAAUCGCUUAUUCCCGAAAUUAACAUAACAGAAGAUAAUUUUUUUACUGUCUUACCAAAAUUCUGUUGGAGUAUCUUCAACAUCAAACAUUGAUUUUGCCAUAUGCCAAAAAAUUUUUUGUUGUUAAAUAUUUGAUAUUCAAAGAUACAUGUUUCUACAUUAACUAAGGUAAAUUCAAAACUAAUAUAUCGAUGUGAUUGUGAUGUUGAAAUUUUGCAGUAUUUUGCGAGUAUUUUUCAUUAUACACCAAAAAUCAAUGUAGAUGUUAGACAUAUAGUAAUAAAUUCUCGACAACUGAACCAACAAUGUAUGAAAUUGUAAUAAUAAAUUAACUUCAGCUAUUAGUCCAUUGAAAUGUCACGUGACAUUUGCAUGGGGGAUCAAUAGAAGCUUAACCUAAAGUUUGUGGGGUCGCGACCCUUGUCCUCCGGCCGACACCAUUUUCGCGAUAUCUAGGAAUCUAUGCAUCUUGCAAUUUGUUUUGCUUACAAAUAUGUUUAUGUAACUUUUUGCCCUAAAUUUAAAAUUAUAGAAGUUAUCAGCAAAAAAGUGAGAAAAUUUUUAUAAAAAGUUUCUUUUUUGUUCUACAACUUUUUUUUAUACAUUUUACAAAAAAAUUUCCUCGGACCAAUCUUGUGGAUAAUCUUCUGAGAAAAAUUUUUUUCUGUAAUUUUUUUUUAAUUUCAUUCAUUUAAAACGCUGUUACAGCGAUCCUAAGUUGACCGGGCUCGCCAAUGCUCAUGAGAAUCCGGUUAAAACGAAAUUAUUAACUUAUUUUUGAUUUUUUUUAUUUUAAAUAUAUUCUUAAAAAAUUUUUAUUAAAUUCGUACAACUUCAAUUAUUCAUUGCUAACUCUUUUCCCCGCCAUCUAUGAGAUGUCUGUAGGCGCGUUUUUUUAACGUGGUAUCUACAGCAGGCCUACUCCAUGGACAUCUUGCUUAUAAGGUAAUCCUCGACAUUAUAAUAUCAUCAUCAUCAUCAUUAAUCACUUAUUAGCUACCUACUCUAAUCUACUUUUCUUCGAUGGUCGGGUCUGUGGCUAAGAAUCUAAAUAAACGUAAAAUGUAAAAUUUUGAGGAAUUAAAGUAAUUAAAAUUGGACUCAUAGCUGGAAGUUCAUCUUCGAAUUCAUUUUCUUCCAUUAACUUUGACAUUUCUAUGAUGUUACUGCAUGUUUUGCAAGAACAAUGGAGGCAUACUGUAGAGCAUUUCAGGCCUGCUUUUCUGCAGCCACACAUGCUUCCACAGUUUUUUUGCAUCUGCAGAAAAUUAAUUUCAUGAGAUCGGGGUGUGCUGGAGCCUGGAAGCUUGUAUUGGCAUCUAAAUGUUUGCAUGCUUUUCCAGCCCCAAUCUUCAGGAUUUUGAUAUGUUCCUAGUUAGAGGCAGCGAUGAUAAAUUUAAUGAAUUUUUAGUCUCAGCCUGGACUAUGGAGUGUAGAGAAGGAGGAACGUCUCUGAUGAAUGAUAUUGAAAAAAAUUACAGAGAAAAAAUUUUUCUCAAAAGAUCAUCUACAAGAUUGGUUUUAGGUAAUUUUUUCGAAAAAUGUAUAAAAAAAGUUUUUAUUAGUGUUUUUACACUUUUUUGCUUAUAACUUCUUUAAUUUUAAAUUUAGGGCAAACAGUUAUAUGAACAUAUUUGUACGCAUAACAAUUCGCAACAAAUUAUGUCUUCACGAAUUUUUUGUAAGACGCAUAGUUUUCGAGAUAUUGCGAAAAAAGUGAUACCAUCAUUUUUUCCAAGAUGGCGGCCGGGGGACAAGGGUAGCAAACCCACAAACUUGAGGUUAUGCUUCUAUUGACCUCCCACAAAUGUCCCAAAAAUAAAAUUGCAACCUCCUAUAAAAAA